AUGGUAGCUGCUGGUGGUUCUGGUAAGGACAUACAGGGCAAGAAAAGUGAUGCAAUGCUCCCAGUCAUCUGGUCAUUCGGGCAAAAUAGCGAUUUACAUACAAAAAUGACCAAUAUUAGUAUUUGGAGAAAAAGGUACUCUCUAGAAUCUGAAAGAAAAGGUCAUAGUGCAACUUUAUUACGGCAAAAGUUCAUGAUUGAAGUAUUAUGUAGUAUAGACAAAUUUGACCGCAAUUUGAUUUUUGUGAAUUUACGAAAUUAG